AUGCAAUUGAUUUACGCGAAACACAUUGGCCGUGUGUGGCCCACGCGGGCCAUCGCGACCUUUGCCAAAACUACACGAGCUUCCCCAAUCCUAGCUGCACGACAAUCGCAGUCGUUUACAAGCCCAUAUCUAGCCCAAGCCACGCAGCGACGAAGCUACGCAGACACUAAGCUCGACUUCCCCGCUCUCGACAAGAAAUGGCGCCAGCAGUGGGAAGCCUCCAAAGCGUCCAACUCCGAGGAUGACUCCAGCAAGCCCAGCAAAUAUGUGCUCCCGAUGUUCCCCUACCCGUCUGGCACAUUGCACCUUGGCCAUCUUCGUGUAUACACGAUCGCCGACGUUCUCGCUCGAUAUCACACGAUGCAAGGGUCCCGCGUUAUGCUGCCAAUGGGAUGGGACGCAUUCGGCCUUCCUGCUGAGAACGCUGCCAUCGAUCGUGGCAUUGCCCCCGCAACAUGGACAAAGAGCAACAUUGCCAAGAUGAAGGAACAGUUGGAGGUUAUGAACGGCAAUUGGGACUGGGAGAGGGAACUGACCACUUGCGAUCCCGACUUUUACAAGCACACCCAAAAGAUUUUUCUGAUGAUGCUCGAGCGUGGAUUAGCCUACCAAACCGAAGCGGAGGUUAACUACGACCCUGUUGAUAUGACGGUGCUGGCCAAUGAGCAAGUCGACGCCAAUGGAUGCUCCUGGAGAUCCGGUGCCAAGGUCGAGAAGCGACAGCUUAAGCAAUGGUUCUUCCGUAUUUCCGAGUUUAGAGAAGCCUUGCUAAAGGAUUUGGAUACCCUUGCCAAGGAUGAAGCUUGGCCCGAGAGAGUCCUAGCUAUGCAGAAGAACUGGCUCGGCAAGUCGACGGGCGCCGUAAUUAAGUUCCCCGUCAUGGCCAUGGGCCACGAUAUCCAUGCAGGCAUCGAGGUCUUCACGACGCGGCCGGAUACGCUCUUCGGGGUCCAGUAUGUCGCACUGGCCUCAACUCAUCCCAUUGUAGUCCAAUUGGCGAAGAGCGACCCCGAGCUGCAGGCUUUCCUGGAUACUCUGCCGGGACUACCUCGCGACUCCAAGGUCGGCUACAUGUUACCACACGUGAGGGCUAUCAACCCUCUGGCAUACCAUGAAGAAACUCCCGACGAUACCAAAAAAUCUAUCCCCGUGUACGUCGCGCCGUAUGUGCUAGGGGACUAUGGCGAAGGCGCCGUCAUGGGUGUUCCAGGCCACGAUCUGAGAGAUAACGCCUUCUGGAAGGAACACCGCUACGACGAACCCGUGAGAUUCGUGAUUGCGGCGUCGGAAGACGAGUCAACAUCCGUAAUGGCGAACGAUCCAUUUGUUGAGCAUGGUGUCAUGACAGCUACUAGCGGACCCUUCAAAGGGAAGUCUUCCGAGCAGGCAGGCCAAAUUCUCGUCUCCAUGCUUGAGGCAGCCGAGCUGGCCAAGCCGGUUGAGAAAUGGAGAUUGAGAGACUGGUUGAUCAGUCGCCAGCGUUACUGGGGAACGCCUAUUCCCAUUAUCCACUGCGGCUCCUGCGGCGCAGUUCCUGUUCCGGAUAACCAGCUACCAGUUACAUUGCCUGAUGUUAGCGACCAUUGGACAAAUGGCAAGGCUGGUAAUCCCUUGGAGAGGGCAGAGGAAUGGGUUAACACCAGCUGUCCCAAAUGUGGUGGCCACGCCAAGCGUGACACCGAUACCAUGGAUACAUUUGUAGACUCGAGUUGGUACUACGCGCGCUUUGUGGACCCCCACAACUCAUCAGAGCCCCUAUCUGCCGAAGUUGCCAAGGCCCUGCCCGUAGACUUGUACAUCGGCGGCAUCGAGCAUGCCAUUCUGCACUUGCUCUACGCCAGGUUCAUCUACAAGUUUCUGGCCACAACACCAUUGUUCCCCAGCUCGAGCGAACCCGACGCUGUUCAAGAGCCUUUCAAGAGACUCAUUACGCAGGGAAUGGUGCACGGCAAAACGUACACUGACCCUAAGUCUGGCAAGUUUCUCAAGCCAGACGAGGUCGACUUGAAGGACCCAUCGAACCCCAAAGUCGUAGCCACAGGAGCUACGGCGAACGUGUCGUUUGAGAAGAUGUCCAAGUCCAAGCACAACGGAGUUGAUCCCACCGAGUUCAUCUCCAAGUACGGCGCCGAUGCGACACGAGCUCACAUUCUCUUCCAGGCGCCUGUAAGCGAUAUCCUCAACUGGGACGAGGACAAAAUUGCCGGUGUUACGCGUUGGCUUCACAGGCUGCAUGAUCACGCAGCAAAGCUCCAGAAGAUGUCCAGCGAGGAGAAGUCUGUUGUAGCAUACCUCGAGGAACGAUCAAGCAACUUGUCUUCUUUGAGCGACAGCGAGCUGGCCGCUUGGGAUGCUGACGCUGCCGUCUGGCGAGCCGUCCAGGGCGCCAUCGAAUCCAUCACUCAGUCCUACGAGACUGUCUACUCUAUGAACACCAUCAUUUCAGACCUUAUGAGUCUGACAAAUACGCUCUUGGACAAUGCAGGAGCAAGUACGCUCAUUCAGAGAGAGGCCAUGUCUGUCCUCCUCCGGAUGAUGGCCCCUGUUGCGCCUGCAAUCUCUGAAGAGUGUUGGAGUCUUCUCCACCCCAACUCGGGCUCCAUCUUCGGAUCCGCUGCUUUUCCUACGAAGGACAAUACCACAUCGUUGCUAAAGCCUCGCACGCAGCCUCUGGCUAUCCAGAUCAACGGCAAGCUGCGCGGCGUCGUUGAAGUUCCCAACCCUCCUUCGAGUCUUGAGGGCGAGGCGUUGCGGGAGUGGAUGGUAGCGGAGGUCCUGAAGUCGGAUGAGGGCAAGGCGAAGUUUGCAGGAGGUCAAUUCGACGUGACAUCGCCGAAGAGGGUCAUCCUGGCUCGUGGUGGCAAGACCAUCAAUUUUGUAGUCUAG